AUGGCCCUGAGCGAGCUGGCGCUGCUCCGCUGGCUGCAGGAGAGCCGGCACUCGCGGAAGCUCAUCCUGUUCAUCGUGUUCCUCGCGCUGCUACUGGAUAACAUGCUGCUCACGGUCGUGGUCCCCAUCAUCCCAAGUUACUUGUACAGCAUUGAGCAUGAGAAAGAUGCUCUAGAAAUCCAGACCGCCAAGCCUGGGCUCACAGCCUCCGCCUCCGCCUCCGGCGGCUUCCAGAACAUCUUCUCCUAUUACGACAAUUCCACCAUGGUCACGGGGAACAACACCGACCGCCUUCAGGGGGCGCUGGUGCACGAGGCCACCACGCAGCGCAUGGUCGCUAACUCGUCCUCGGCCCCUUCCGACUGUCCCAGUGAAGACAAAGACCUCCUGAAUGAGAACGUGCAGGUCGGCCUGCUGUUUGCCUCGAAAGCCACUGUCCAGCUCCUCACCAACCCGUUCAUAGGACUGUUGACCAACAGAAUUGGCUACCCAAUUCCCAUGUUCACAGGAUUCUGCAUCAUGUUUAUCUCAACAGUUAUGUUCGCCUUCUCCCGCAGCUAUGCCUUCCUGCUGAUCGCCAGGUCCCUGCAGGGCAUCGGUUCCUCCUGCUCAUCUGUAGCUGGGAUGGGCAUGCUGGCCAGCGUGUACACAGAUGACGAGGAGAGAGGCAACGCCAUGGGGAUCGCCCUGGGAGGCCUGGCCAUGGGGGUCCUAGUGGGCCCCCCCUUUGGGAGUGUGCUGUAUGAGUUUGUGGGCAAGACAGCUCCGUUCCUGGUCUUGGCUGCCCUGGUGCUCUUGGAUGGAGCCAUUCAGCUCUUUGUGCUCCAGCCGUCCCGGGUGCAGCCAGAGAGCCAGAAGGGGACGCCGCUCACCACCUUGCUGAGGGACCCGUACAUCCUCAUCGCUGCAGGGUCCAUCUGCUUCGCAAACAUGGGGAUUGCCAUGUUGGAGCCAGCCCUGCCCAUCUGGAUGAUGGAGACCAUGUGUUCCCACAAGUGGCAGCUGGGCGUGGCUUUCUUGCCAGCUAGUGUCUCUUAUCUCAUUGGAACCAAUGUUUUCGGGAUCCUCGCACACAAAAUGGGGAGAUGGCUUUGUGCUCUUCUAGGAAUGAUAAUUGUCGGAAUGAGCAUUUUAUGUAUUCCUCUUGCAAAAAACAUCUAUGGACUCAUAGCUCCCAACUUUGGAGUUGGUUUUGCAAUUGGCAUGGUGGAUUCAUCCAUGAUGCCCAUCAUGGGCUACCUGGUCGACCUGCGGCACGUGUCCGUCUAUGGGAGCGUGUAUGCCAUUGCCGAUGUAGCGUUUUGUAUGGGAUAUGCCAUAGGUCCUUCUGCUGGUGGGGCUAUCGCAAAGGCAAUUGGAUUUCCAUGGCUCAUGACAAUUAUUGGAAUAAUUGAUAUUCUUUUUGCUCCUCUCUGCUUUUUUCUUCGAAGUCCACCUGCCAAGGAAGAGAAAAUGGCUAUCCUCAUGGAUCACAACUGCCCCAUUAAAACAAAAAUGUACACUCAGAAUAGCAGCCAGUCGUAUCCAAUAGGUGAGGAUGAAGAAUCUGAAAGUGACUGA